UUUGGUUCCUCUCAAGUGAAGACUGAAAUAUGACUUGAAGAGAAAGAAAACUUAAUAGAAAGGAGAGUGCGACAAAGAAAAGCAGCAGACGCAGAAGCAGCGAAUUCUGGUUGGUAGAUGUUAGUGAGGAAAGAAGAUGACUCAGGACGUGGAGAUGAAAGAUGAGGAAGCUCUUCCUCAAGCCCCUUUACCUUCCGAUUCAGCAUCCAUUUUGCAGCAUUUGAAGGAGGGGGCAUCGUUUAUUGAGGCCGCUUCCUACACCAAAGAGGUUCGCAGAAUAGCUCGUGCUGUUCGCCUUACGAUUCAGCUGAGGCGCAAGCUCACGGCCCCCUUGCUCUCUGCAUUUCUCGAUUACGCUCUUCUUCCUGGUUCCGAAGCUCACGCACGAUUGUCUGCCUACCUUCCUAAGGACAAUAGGCAUGGCAUGGAAGUUGAUAAUGAUGAUGCCGCAACUUCUGCUGUUCAAGCUCCGGCAAAGCACAUAUUGCCUGAGCUUGAGAUCUACUGUUACUUGCUUGUGAUACUUUUUCUGAUUGAUCAGAAAAGAUACGAUGAGGCGAAAGCCUGUUCUUCAGCUAGUAUUGCUCGACUUAAGAAUUUCAAUAGAAGAACCGUUGAUGUUCUAGCAUCCAGAUUGUACUUCUAUUACUCAUAUAGCUAUGAGCUUACUGGAAAUCUUGCCGAAAUUCGAGGCAAUCUCCUUGCCUUGCAUCGCAUUGCCACUUUGCGUCAUGAUGAGUUGGGUCAGCAGGAAACACUUCUCAACCUGUUACUUCGAAAUUAUCUCCAUUACAACCUAUACGACCAGGCAGAGAAGCUAAGGUCCAAGGCACCGCGCUUUGAAGCACAUUCAAACCAGCAGUUCUGUCGUUAUCUCUUCUACCUUGGAAAGAUUCGGACAAUUCAAUUGGAGUAUACAGAUGCAAAAGAGUCUCUUUUGCAGGCUGCUAGGAAAGCCCCUUUUGCAGCUCAAGGUUUCCGAAUUCAAUGUAACAAAUGGGCUGUCUUGGUCCGUUUGCUUCUUGGUGAAAUACCAGAGAGGAUCAUCUUUAUGCAGAGAGGAAUGGAAAAAGCUUUGAGGCCUUACUUUGAACUAACAAAUGCUGUUCGGAUUGGUGAUUUAGCACUAUUCAGAAAUGUUGCAGAAAAGUUUGCUGCCACAUUCAGCAAGGACCAAACCCACAAUUUAAUUGUUCGGUUGCGACAUAAUGUCAUCAGGACUGGAUUACGGAAUAUUAGCAUCUCUUAUUCCCGCAUCUCGCUUGCUGAUGUUGCUGAGAAGUUAAGAUUGAUUUCUACAAACCCUAUUGCCGAUGCUGAAAGCAUUGUGGCCAAGGCUAUCCGUGAUGGUGCCAUUGAGGCCUCAUUGGAUCAUUCAAAUGGGUGGAUGGUAUCAAAGGAGACUGGAGAUAUUUACUCUACUAAUGAGCCUCAAGCUGCUUUCAACUCCAGGAUUGCCUUUUGUCUUAACAUGCACAAUGAAGCAGUUCGGGCCUUACGGUUUCCUCCAAAUCCACACAAGGAGAAAGAAAGUGCUGAGAGGAGAGAGCGGCAGCAACAAGAGCAGGAGCUUGCCAACCAUAUUACAGAGGAUGACGACGAUGAUUUUUAACGCAAACUGUGCUUCUCUUUAAAUUUUUCUUGUGUCUCCUUUUAAUGCCUCUCCGGUCCAGUACUUAAAUUUCCAUCACGAGUAACUGCAUACUUAAAUGGUGGAAUUCUUAUUGCUGGUUUGAUAAGUGUACUUGUUUCGUUUGUGGAUUAUGUAUAUCGAUAGUGAUUUGUUGUUUUCA